AUGGGAGAUCAAGACAUUGGUUUAGAUGUUGAGAGUGUGCCUCGAGUCGGCAUGAAGUUUAAUUCAGAGAUCAAGGCUUAUAAAUUCUACAAUUCCUAUGGGGGAAUAUUUGGUUUCAGUGUGAGGAAAGGAUAUGCACAUUGGAAAAGAACCGAUAAGUCAAUCCUAAUCUCGAGAAAAUUCGUAUGUAGCAAACAAGGUUUUAGGGGAAAAGACAAACGAGAUAUUGAUACUAGUAUACCAAGAGCAGAGACAAGAACUAAUUGUAGUGCAUUGAUGGGAAUUGUGCGUGUUGAUAAUGGAGAAUAUAAAUGUACAAAAUUUGUUGAAGAGCAAAGUCAUCCUCUUCAUUUACCAGCCACCUUGCAUAUGAUGCGGUCGCAACGAAAAAUUUCGGAUACAUGUGCGUUAGAGAUUGAUUUGGCUGAUGAUUCUGGAAUGAAUCCAAAGUCCAUAUUUGACUUAAUGAGCAAACAGUCAGGUGGAAGAGACAGCAUUGGGUAUAUCAGACAAGAUCAGAAGAAUUAUCUUCGAACAAAACAUGAACGUGACUUAUCUUAUGGUGAAGCCGGUUGUUUGUUGAUCUUUGAUACAACAUUUUGCACCAACAAAGAAUAUAGGCCAUUCGGUGUAUUUGUUGGAUUUAAUUACCAUAGAUGUAUAUGUAUUUUUGGGGCUGCUUUGUUAUAUGAUGAAACUUCAGAAUCUUUCAGAUGGUUGUUUGAGGCUUUCAUGAAAGUCCAUGGGCAAAAGAAACCGUUAACCAUUUUUACUGAUCAAGAUGCCGCAAUUGGAAAUGCGAUAUCUGAAUUUUUUAAACACUUUGAGAGGGUGGUGAAAGAUAAGCGUUACAAUGAGUUGAAAGAGAAAUUUGAUGCAAAAAAUAAAACUCCAAGAAAUAUCUUUCCCAUGUCACCCAUUAUGCUCCAAGCAUUACAAGUUUACACUCCUGUAAUAUUUACAGAAUUUCAGGAUGAGUAUAUAUGGAUUACUGCUUGUUUCAUCAAAUUUCGGAUUGAGAGUAUUGUCAUUCAUGACUACAUAGUUUCUGUUGUUAACAGAGAAGGAGAUUUUAAUGUCAAGUGUAAUCCAGUUGGACCCACUAUUACUUGUAGUUGUAGAAAGUUUGAGACAUAUGGCAUUCUAUGUUGUCAUGCUUUGAAAAUAUUUGAUGUGCUUGAUAUUAAAUUCAUUCCUGCAAAUUAUCUGUUAAAGAGAUGGACACGGGGAGCAAGGAACAUAAUAGCGGAAAGUGUUGAAGGAGCCCGAGUUGAAGAAGAUGUUAACUUGGAUUAUACACAACAUUAUAGGCUUCUUUGUCCUAAAUUAGUGAGGAUAGCAUCAGAAGCAUCAAAUUCGUCUGAGGGAUAUGCAUUGGUUGACAGAGUUGCUAAUGAUUUGUGUGCACAGCUUCAAAAUCUUGCAGUCGUUGCCCUAUCUAGAAAUCCAUCAAGUGAGUAUACUGAUGUCAACAUAGGGCUUAAGAAAAAAUCACCUCGUAAAGGUGGAAAGCGCUAUAAGAGUUGGGUAGAGAAGCAAGGAAAACAAAGAAAAUAG